GUUCAAUAAAAUUUGGAAACUGCGGCGAACGUCGAAAUUGAUAUCGGAAAUAAUUGACAGGUUGUAUGCUAACAUUAUCAGACAAAACUAUGAAUGGAAUCUCGUGAUAUGGCCAAAAACGAUAAUUGAACCAAACGAAGAUAUCAAAUUCAUUUUAAAAGGAAUGAAAACGGAAAAUGGAAAUCUCUUUCUAAUUUUUCGUCCAAAGAUCACGGGAUCCGCGAUUUUUCGGCAUAACGAGCCUAGCCGAAACCUAAAUUUCAGUUUUUGGGGAAAUCGCGUACAAGGAACUAAACGUAGCAUAGAAUAUGUUUCAAGCGAAUUAUCGGAAUCGCAAAUUUUGCGGAAAAAUAAUUACCAGAUUGCAAUUGAGAAAAUGAUGACGCAAGAAUCUUCUACUUUAGUUAAAAUCGAGGAAUUUAUAGUUAAAGAGAUUAGAAUACUCGUUAAUGAACAUUUUUUAGAUAUAACUGAUGUAUAA